AUGUCGUCCAAUAACAGUGCAGUUAAUCAGCUGAACGCAGCAACAUCGAUAGUUGUAUUGGUAGCAUCAGCUGUCCAUAUUAUAUCAGGUGCAAUCGGUCUUACAUUUAAUAUUUUUAUUUUUACUCGGCCAACUCUGCGUGAUGAACCAAGUUCACUUUAUUUUUUUUCGUCAACAUGUUUCAGUUUGUAUCUUGUAUAUGUAGCCAUGCCUUUGCGUGUUCUUGCCAAUAGUUUUAAUAUAGAUAUGACUAAUUACAAUCUUGGCCUUUGUAAAAUAGCAAACUUUUCCUUUUAUUCAGCACGUUCAACAUCCUGCUGGUUCAUUGCUUUAGCGUGUGCUGAUCGGUUUUGUCACAGUUCAGCAAGUGCAGCUAUUCGUCGAAUGAGUUCGAUAAAGAUAGCUAGAUGGACAGUAGUAAUUACAAGUGUCACAAUAACUCUUUUGUAUGGCCACAUGGUCGUUUACUAUGAAAUAACAAAUGUAUCAGAUCGAUUUGGUAAUAUCACACCGUUAUGUAAUGGUCGAAAUGGUAUUUAUCGUACAUACCUUGGAUUCUGGUAUAUGGUUUUGUAUUCACUUUGCCCAUCUUUCUUUAUGCUUCUCUUUGGUUUUCUUACAUUGAACAAUAUUCGUCAACGUCGUCAAGUAGUUCCAACAGUAGCUAGAAGAAAUCAACUUGUUCGACGCACAGACAAUCAACUUUUACGCAUGUUAAUUGCUCAGGUGUUUGUGAUCAUUGUUGCUACUCUACCACUCUCUGUUUAUCAAGUCUACGCAGCAUUUACUGGUAAUUUUUCGAAAAGUACACUUCACCUUGCUCAAGAAAAUUUAGCAGCACGAGUUGUAGGUGUAAUGACAUACUUUGCACAUACAAGUAGCUUUUAUUUAUAUACAUUGGCAGGUACAGUUUUUCGCAAAGAACUCCGUAAAAUCAUUGGACAAUGCUGGAAUCGAAAUUAA